AUGCCGUACGAGAGCUUCAUGCCGCAGCAGCAGGUGGAAAUCACCGAAGUCGUGCAGGACACGACCACCAGCGCGUGGAUGUACGUGCUGCGCGUACAGCGCGGCAACACGAGCACAUACUCGUCGCCGCGCGGACCCGUGGAGGAGGGUUUCAGUCACGAGUACGUUAUCAGUCGUCGCUUCAGCGAGUUCAAGCAGCUCCACACGGCGCUGGUUUCCGUCAUGGGCGACGCAUUGACGCCGUUGCCGGCCGACGGUCUCAUGACGCUCAUCAUGGCCGACAACCAGGCGCUACUGGACGAGCGUCGUGAGGUGCUGGCCCAGAUCGUCAUGGACAUUCUGAACCACCCGGUGGCGCGCGAUCUACCGGACGUACUGGAAUUCCUUGGCCAUGAGUCUAUCAGUGCAAAGGUGAUGGCUCCGCUCUCAGGCCAAUGCACGGGGUCGAUCCGCAAGACGUCGUGUCCGGCGUGGACUGCGCCGUGCCGGGCGUCCGUCAUGUCGUCGUAA